GUAAUGCAAAUCUUGCCGUUACAAUCAUUUCUCUUUCCCUUCUCACUCUUUCAGCUCUCUGUCUCUCUCUCUCUCCGCCAUUAACACUCAAAUAAACAAUCUUUGAAUCUUUUUUUCAUUGACCCAUCAAAAAUCCCAAUUCAAUUGAACAGUUACAAUCAAUCUUGAAAUGCUGUUUUAGUCAAAAACUUUCACAAAGAUUUAACAUUUAUUUUUGGUGAUACGAAUUGCAUUCAAUGGCUCCAACACCAUCAUCUUCUUCAAAAUCAAAUCAUACCCAUUUUAAUCAAAUAAGAACUCCACAUUCUAAACAACGUUUAAAUUUCAAUUCCUCAAAAAUUCCUCAUCCUUCACCAAACCCUAAUCAAAACCCUAAUUUACCACCGCCAGAACAUCCUGUUGAAGUAAUCGGAAGAAUUAGGAAUCUUCCCGAAUCAGUUAAAGAUGAAAAACCCAUUUCUAGCGUCUUUCAAGUAAACCCAGAUCACCAGACUAUUCGGGUCAAAACUGAAAUUGGGUAUAGAGAUUUUACUCUUGAUGGAGUUUCUUCCUCUGAGGAAGAUGAUCUUGAAGGGUUUUAUAAGAAGUUUAUUGAGAGUAGGAUUCUUGGGGUCAAAAUGGGUGCUAAAUGUACUAUAAUGAUGUACGGGCCAACGGGUUCGGGUAAAAGUCACACCAUGUUUGGGUGCUUGAAGCAACCUGGGAUUGUUUAUAAGUCUUUAAAAGAUAUUUUGCAGGAGAAAGAAAAUGGUAAUGGAGUUGGAAUGUUUGUGCAAGUUUCUGUCCUAGAGAUUUACAAUGAGGAGAUUUAUGAUCUUCUGUCUUGUGAUAAAGGUGGUGGAUCAUUUAAUCUUUGGUCCAAAGGCAGUGCUUCUAAGGUAAAACUAGAAGUGAUGGGAAAGAAAGCUAAAAAUGCAACAUUCAUAUCUGGAAACGAGGCUGGAAAAAUAGUGAAGGAGAUUCAGAAAGUGGAGAAGCGAAGGAUUGUCCGAAGCACAAAUUGCAACGACAGAAGUUCACGGAGCCACUGCAUGAUAAUCUUGGAUGCCCCGACUGUUGGUGGAAGGCUGAUGCUUGUCGAUAUGGCAGGAUCAGAAAACAUAGAACAAGCUGGUCAGGUUGGCUUUGAGGCCAAAAUGCAGACCGCAAAGAUUAAUCAAGGUAAUACAGCGUUGAAAAGAGUUGUCGAAUCUAUUGCCAAUGGUGAUUCCCAUGUACCAUUCAGAGACAGCAAGCUGACUAUGCUUUUGCAGGAUUCAUUCGAGGACGAUAAGUCGAAGAUAUUGAUGAUCUUAUGUGCAAAUCCAGACCCAAAAGAAAUGCAUAAAACAAUCUCUACACUCGAGUAUGGAGCGAAAGCAAAAUGCAUCGUUCGUGGCCCACAUACCCCUGUGAAUGAUAAGAUCAACGGUGAGGAUUCUUCUGCUGUGAUUAUGGGGUCACGAAUUGCUGCAAUGGAUCAGUUUAUUCUGAAGCUACAAACUGAAAACAAGCAGAGAGAGGAAGAGUGCAGUGAAGCGAAGAAGUUGCUUCAGAAAAAAGAAGAGGAGGUUUCAACGUUAAGGAUAAAACUCGAGCAGAUGGCAGGAGUAAAAGUCUCGGGUGCUAGUGAGGAGGAGAUCAACGAAAAGGUGAAUGAGCGUAUGGAGGUGAUGAGAAAAGAACUCGAGAAGCAACUAGAAGAGUGUCAAAGAAUGGCUAACGAAUAUGUCGAGUUGGAGAAAAGACGAAUGGAAGAAAAAAUACAACGGCAACAACAAGAAGUCGAAAUGUUGAGGCGAAGGUUAGAGGAAAUGGAACUUGAGCUAUCUCGUUCUAGGGACGGAAGUAGUGGAAGUAGUGAUGGAAGCGGGGUCGAGUUAGAAAGCCUUAGUCUUGUUAAAAGGCUAAAGGAAGUGUAUGCUGAGGAAGACUUCGGAAUGGAGAAGUCGAUGGACUUGGACACGGGCGAUCAAGAAUCUUAUACCUGCGAAGUGAAAAUCAUCGGGCAGUACCCCUCGAAUGUGCUCGGUGGGGUGCACAAUUCGUUCACUCCAAUGCUUGGUGAUAAAACGUAUCUUAGCACGGUUUUUGAGGAGGAUGAGGAAGAGGAUGACGAGGUAGAAAAGAAUGUAAUCGACGAAAAGAAAGUCUCGUCAUCUCCUAUAUCGAACGAGAUUCACCUCUCGCCCUCGUCUAGGAAAACCCGAAUUCAGAACAUCUUUACAUUGUGUGGAAACUACAGGGAACUUUCACAACACAAUCUAUCAGAAAAAUCGACACCCGAGAAUGAUAAUGCUACGAUUAUUACACCCGUUCGUUCACAAGCGUCUCCUGCUAGUACGCCUGUUCGUGCACAUCCUACCACACCGGAGCCUAUGAAGGAAAACUUGAAUCCAUUACCGAACACUGAAAAUGGUGUUCUGAUUGAGGUAUAUGUUAAGUGGGAGGUAACUAAGGAUAACCCAGGAAAAUUCAUCACCAAACUUAAGAUUGCUAAGGAUGCUAGCUUGGCUGAUUUGAGGAAACUUAUUGAUAUCCAUCUUGGGGUUGACAAGCAGGAUUUCACCUUUCUGUUGUUAGGGGACCCUACUGGCGCCCCAAUCUCGAAAGAAAAGGAAGCAACCGUUCAAGCGAGUAAACUACCGACAUGCAACAACCAACUGGGAGGGCACAUGGCAUGUUUGCGGCCGGCCAAGGGCGCUCAAACUCCUAGUAUUCAUCCUUUCACUCCCCUGGAAAACAAGCUUCCUACAACCCCAGUUUCUUGUGUGAAAAAGUUGGUUAAUGAGUCUUUAUCACCUGGCCAAGACUCUAAUCUAGGUUCCACUCCCUUUAUCACUGUUCGACGAUAUUAAGAGUUACAUACACCUAUGUACUCUGUAUGGACAGAUUUGUAUGACUGACUAGUGAAUUGUGAAGUGUAUUUUGUUAUAUAAUUCCUUUUGGCUACCUUUCUAA